AUGGGGACAGUGGGUGAACUCUGCGUGUCCAGCCUUCAGACGUUUUUGUGUCCAGCUGUGAAGGCGCUCCAGCAAGAUCCAGUGCCGGAAGACCUCACUCCAGAGGAGCAGCAGGAGCUGGAGAAUAUCCGCCUGCGCAAGCAGGAGCUGAUUGAGGACAUCCAGCGGCUGAAGGAUGAGAUAGCAGAAGUGACGAGCGAGAUCGAGAACCUGGGUUCCACUGAGGAGAGGAAAAAUAUGCAGAGGAAUAAACAGGUGGCCAUGGGCCGAAAGAAAUUCAACAUGGACCCCAAAAAGGGGAUCCAGUUCCUCAUCAUGAAUGACUUGCUGAAGAACACUAGCGACGACAUUGCUCAGUUCCUCUACAAGGGCGAGGGCCUCAACAAAACUGCCAUUGGAGAUUACCUCGGAGAAAGGGAUGAUUUCAAUAUCAAAGUCCUCCAUGACUUUGUGGAGCUACAUGAGUUCACAGAUCUCAACCUGGUGCAAGCCCUAAGGCAAUUCCUGUGGAGUUUCCGGCUACCAGGAGAAGCUCAGAAAAUCGACAGAAUGAUGGAGGCCUUCGCUCAGCGCUACUGCACGUGCAACCCUGGAGUGUUCCAGUCCACAGACACUUGUUACAUCUUGUCAUUCGCCAUAAUCAUGCUGAACAGCCUCCACAACCCAAAUGUGAAGGACAAGCCUACUGUGGAGCGAUUUAUCUCCAUGAACAGAGGAAUCAACGACGGAGGAGACUUACCUGAAGACCUGCUCCGGAAUCUGUAUGAGAGCAUUAAGAAUGAGCCUUUCAAAAUCCCAGAGGAUGACGGCAAUGACCUCACACACACUUUCUUCAACCCAGACAGAGAGGGCUGGCUGCUAAAACUGGGAGGACGUGUGAAAACCUGGAAGAGGAGAUGGUUCAUCCUCACAGACAACUGUCUGUACUACUUUGAGUACACCACAGACAAAGAACCAAGAGGAAUCAUCCCGCUGGAAAACCUGAGUAUCAAAGAGGUGGAGGAUAAGAAGCCUAACUGCUUUGAGCUUUUUAUUCCGGACAACAAGGACCAGGUGAUAAAAGCGUGUAAGACUGAAGCUGACGGACGCGUCGUUGAAGGCAACCACACCUUUUACAGAAUCUCCGCCCCCACUGCAGAGGAAAAAGAUGAAUGGAUGAACAGCAUCAGAGCUGCCAUCAGCAGGGAUCCUUUCUACGAGAUGCUGGCAGCCAGGAAGAAGAGGGUGUCGUCCAUGAAGAGGCACUAAACCACUCAACACUUCAGACGUUGCACUUGACAGAGCGGGGGUGUCAGGUAUCUGCACACCCGUCUGGGUCGGAGCAGAGGCCACGGUGAGGUCUGCCUCAGACCUCUCCAGGGAUUCUCUAGGAUACAAAUAGACCUGGCUUUUGGACUGACAGGCCAGAAAAACAGGAAGCAUGCUGUGGUUUCUAGAUAAGAGUCAGGGUCAAAACCUCCUCUAACCUCCUGUCUGAAUGUGUCUGUUUCUCUCUCAGCUUUGUGUGUGCUCUGUCUUUACAAGGUUGAAAAGGAAUCUUGCUGUGUAACUCGGCAAAAUACCCCUUUGAGAACGCUUUAAACAAACACAGAUACACAACAUGCAUACACUCAUGCUGUCUCCCGUAGCACACACCGUUAAAACUCAGCAGGUCUGACCGAGUGUGGCACAACCAACCAAAAUAUUCCCGCUUUCGGAAAGAAAAAGCAAAGACUUUUUCUUACGUGCUUUAGUACAUUAGUCUAGUAAUGUGUCUAUUUUUACCAGCCUUACUAUUAAUUCCUCUUUUUUGUCUGUUUGCAUUUGUUAAAAAAAAUCUUGCCAGCAAAAUCUGCUGCGAUCAAGACAGUAAGGGAGGGAGAAUCUACUUUGCCAACUGUUUGCUAUUUUAUAGAAAAUGAAUAAAUAAAUAAAACCGAAACCUCGGUUUAAAUAAAGUUGCCACUCAGGAGAUUGUUACAAAGAUCUAAAAGUUUCCCAUGUCCUUGCUGACUUGGAUUUUGGUCACAUCAUGACAGCCAUGGAAGAAUGAAAGCCUCUUCUGUACCCCAGACUGAACUGUGUUUUUGUAAAUGUGAACCUGCAAAUGAGGGGGUCUGUUUGUCUGGACAGAGGUCUCAGUUUUGGAUCUGGCUCUCACUGCUUAUUUCCUGAAGGUCCUGGAGAUGCAUCCUGGGGGAUUAGGAGUCUUUUGAAGGGGGUGCAUGAGUAUCAGACUGAGCUUCUUUUGAAAGACGUAAAGAUAUUACACCUUGCGACUCCCUUUUUUUGUCACCUCUCCAUCACAUUUUUGUCUUGCUCCCACCUCGUCUCAAAUACAAGACCGUGGUCUGUGACUGUAUGUGUGCUGCACAGUGCCUGGCGCUCUAGAUGAAAUGUGAUGAGAAAAGCUGCUGGUUAGCGACAGUAAUUUAAAGUUUUCUCUUCUAAUUUACAUUUUUCCUGCCUUUAACAUCAUUUCUUUUUGUACAGGGUCACUUUCUAAGCGGGAAAACAAAUCACUAUUCAUUAUCAGCCAGUCCAACCUCAUUGAUCAUGUACAGUACCAUGUGUUUCAGGUUGUUUAUGUACAAAACAUAAUAUAUGUCAUGUUGUUUUAGAUGCUUUAAAAUGGCACAAAUGAAUGCGUGGUUCAUUGAAGCUAUGCCUGUAGCAGAAUGGGUUGUCCCCCUCCUCAGGAUCCAAAGUGUGAUGUGAAACAAAAAUAACUACUGGGUGAAGUCUCGCCGAAGCAGUCGAGUGUCUUCUUGUCAUACAGCAAACAUAAUGUCAAGGUACAAAUCUGCAGAUGCGUUUGGAGAUGUGCAUCAAACCAUUGUCUUUUCUACUCUUGUCUACUUUUGUCUCGUCUGCCUGCUGAUCUUCCCCCUCUUUUGUCCCCUGGUUCUCCUCCUCUCUGCUCUUCUCAGCGCACUAUUCCUAGAGAAAUAAGUAAAGAUGCAAAACAAUCAUAAUUCUAGACAGUAUGCUUUAUUUAUCAAAGUUGUACAUACUUAAAUGUAUAGUGGGUAUUGUGUCUUCAUUUCUUAUUAGUUGUGUCAUUUUCUUUGUAAUUCUGUUCAAAAUGUUUGAUUGAGGUUUCUAUCAUUACCAUUUAAUCAAGCUAAAAUAAAGACAAAUUUGUCAUAA